AUGCAAUUCUAUGCUCCUGGCGGGGAGCUCAUCAAGAGCUUGAUAAAACAUAUAAAUUUCACGAUAGUCCCAGAAAUUGGAUCAUUAUCCCAAUAUGGAAUUUUGCUACCUAACGGCUCAGCCACGGGUUUGCUAGCAAGGAUUAAAAACAACAAAUUGGAUGCUAUUGCUUUUGGAGCUUUUGUCUUCCACACAUCAUAUAUUACAGAGGUCGACCGAACCAUGUACUUGAAUUUAGAGAAAAUCUGUGCAGUUGUACCUCUAAUACGCUCUAAAAGGCUCUACAUCCAAAGGAGUGUAUGGAUCUCGUGCAUCACUAUCAUUUGUCUAGUCAUCCUGGUGUGGCUAUUUUCUUUUAUCCUCCGACCCCACGGAACCUUCUCCUGGAAUCUCCUACAUAUAAGCUUAAUUGUCUUGGGCAUAUCUGUACCCGGUCAACCAACAAUCUUAAGGGAAAGAUUCGUCUACGGUAGCGUCAUAGUAGUGGCAUUUCUCUACUCAUCUAGUAUCUUCGCCCAAUUAAUGAGUAUAAAUUUUCAUGCAACCUCCUUCAAAUCAUUCAACAGCUUGGAGGAGCUCAAUGAAUCAGGACUAAUUCCUGUGCUACAUCCUAAUUUAUACAAUUUAACAUUUAAAUUUGGCAAUAAAAUUUUACAGAGCAUGGGUGCAAAAUCGGUUCUACGAUCGGACUAUUCCGAGAUCUGUCCGAUCUGGCUUUGGGAAAAAGCUAAUGUAACCUGCAUAAUUGGCAGCACUAUGUACGACUUUUUAUCAAAAUUGUAUAGGGACAACCCGAAACGAGUUAUGAAGCUUGCGAGUCCCUGUUUCUGGUCGGCAUCGCGGGCCCUAAUCUUGCGCAAGGCCUCGCCUUACACCCACCGAUUCAGUACGAUUAUUCUCAGAGUCAUAGAGGCUGGUCACAUGAAGCGCGCGACAAAUCUCUAUGUCUUCGACUUUAUUCAGCGACGAAACAUCUCGCAAGAAUCGGACGAGACCUUGUCGGAGAAGAGAAUGGCCGUGAACGUCCAGCAGAUGACCUACUCGGACGUUACAGACGCAUUCGCUGUCAUGAUAAUUGGGACGCUCUUUUCCAUUUGCUUUUUCCUAGGAGAAUGCGUUAUCUUUAAUGUUCGCAGCAGAUAUAAAAGGAAAUCAAUCGCCCUUGUGCGCUAUUGGUGCACAAUCAAAUAA